AUGUCUGCCCACGCCAUCACCCUCAUUUUCUCGCCAUACCACGUCGGCAUCCGGGUCCAUCUGGUUGGCAACAGACCGCACCGAAUCCGGUCCCUGGGACUCAUUCAAAAGUUAGAAGGCUUGGGAGUCUCUGUCAAACUCUAUGAAAUCGACCGCGUGGACAACUACGAAGGCGAGAUCGGGCGUAGCUUCGAGAUCAUGCGUCGCAUCUCGACCGCCGUCCACGCCGCCAUCGUCAACCACACAUUUCCUCUGAUUCUGUCUGGAAACUGCUACGCUAGUGCAGCCGCAGCAUGUGGGAUUCCAGCUCAAGACUUGGCCUUUAUCUAUUUCGACGCCCACGACGACCUCGAUUCGACCGAUGUCAAUGAAAACGGCUACUUCGACGCUAUGGGUCAGUCCAUGCUUCGCAGCGAGAGCUGGAAAACUUUGAUGAACACAGUGCCGGGGUUUACUCCGCGCGAAUAUCACCACUUUUUGUAUUGCGGGCUGUGCGAUCAGUCCCCGGUUCAGCGCGUGGUCGAUGCGGGCAUGUCAGCCAUCUGGGGUGACCCGGCGCAGGAGGUGGAUUUUGCAGCACAGCUCCGCGAUCAUCUUGAAGGGCGGUCGUAUAGUCCCGCGCUGGUGCACUUGGAUCUCGAUGUCUUAGAUGACAGCUAUGGGAAGGUGAACGAUUAUCCGUCGCCGGGGGCAUGUUGGAGUCUGAGUUGA